AUGGCUCUGGCCGUUGGAUCAUCUGUCCAGGGCGACCGACCGGUCAGCAUUCUACCAUCGAUUACAUGCUCAGGCUGCGGUGCAGAAAUCGCAAUAGCAGCUAUGGGCGAUCACAUUUGCACACCAGGUCCGGCUUCGCCGCCUGCGCCCACACGGUCCAAAAGCAGAACAUUCAGCAUGAGCAGCUUGAAGUUGAGGAAAUUGAGCAUCAGUGGUCGAGCGCCUACAGUGAUUCAUCCGCCGAUGCCACAGAGCGACAUCAUUCCACCGACCACGACCACAACUUCCAGGAAACAAGCUCGGUUACUUCCUUUGAAUAUCGAUUCGGAAGCUGCCAACAGGCUUGGUGGAAUCAGUGCUCCCACAAUCCCAACACCUAUGAGCGCUCGCUAUGAAAGCAGAGCAGGAGACCGACCUGUCCCAGGUCGCAGCGCAACUACGCCAAUGCUCAGCCAGUACGACAAUCGACCACCAAGCCCGCCUUAUUCAUCAAAUCUUGACUGUGCAUUCCCGCCUUUUCCAACGUCUACUCCCACGCCCACUGGACGAUCUUCUCCCAGCAGCGGGCGCAUGACACCGAUCGGAGGAGAUCGGGCGCCGUCUCGCUCAGCGUCACGCUUGGACCAAUGUCAAACUUUGGAGCCAGGACCAUACGAUAUGCAACCGAAGAGUCCGGGCUUUCAAGCGGGGGAGAACGUGCUGCAGAAGCUAAACUCGCUGCAAAGCGGUCCAUUCGAUGCCGUUCGCCGCCAGGGAUCAGGCAGUUCAAAAGCAAGCGGGACGGACUCAGAGAAACGACUAAACACUCCCUUGCAAUCCUCAGAUGAUACAAUGGAGAAAUCGACCAACGAUAAGAAGACCCCACCUCCUCGACCAGCCAGGACGUCGGAAGAUGUUCUUUCACCCGAGGAUCUGGACGAAUUGAGUACGGGACCACUGUCCUUCAUCGCGCCGGUGCCUACGCCUGAACAAGCGGAGCAGCAUGUUCCCGAGGAUGUUCCUCAAGAGUUCUUCAACGAGCCCGAAGAAUUUUUAGACGAGCCAAGUCCGAUCGAGACAUUGACGGAGGUGCGAUAUGAGGCGCCGCUGAGAUUUCCGAAAAGAAAGGAAUCGUUGGCGGCGAAUGUGAUUCCGGAGUUCUCCAUGCCGCGAAUAGAACUUUCGUCUCCGAGAGAUGCCAACAAAAAUGGUGAGCAGAUGGAUCACUCGAUGGAGGAAUCUCCGCCAGCGCCCGAACCAACGCAGGAGACCCGGUAUUACAAAGCUCACACUCCUUCGGAAUCUGGAUCAUCUGCAACAUCCACACAGCACAGCGGAAGCAGCGUGGCAAGCCCACCGAGCUCCGCUGCAAGCAGCAUGGGCACAUUCUCUCCCCUCAACUUCGAUCUUCCCGAGUUUGCCGACGAUGAAAACAUGCAUGUCAGCGGAUUGAAGGUCCGUAACCCCAUCAAGCCAGGUCUGCGGGCGGAAAUGCCUGCGAGGCCAAGAUCUCCGAAAAACUCGCCACCGCGGGAUGCGCCUACGAGCAAUUCAUCCCCAAGGGAAUGGCCGCCACGAGCUGCAGGAACCUCGAACACGUCGCAGGAGUUUCCAAUGGAUCAAAGAUCUCAGCAAUCUUCGACCUACGAACGCUUUCAGCCUCUGGCCACGACAAAAUCUCCGUUACCUCCACAUCUGGCGCUCUCCUCCACGACCAGCGCUGGCGAACUCUCACCAGCUCUCAGCCCGAGUCCAGAGUUUGGCACUUUCGGCGACUCCAUCCCGCGAACGCCAUCACCCGCGCCGACUCACACAGCAGGCCAACAGCCAUCUCGUCCAAGGACAAGAAAGCCGAAUUGUCGCGGCUGCGGCCAAAUGAUCGAAGGCAAAUCGGUCAAGGCCGCCGACGGCCGUCUCACCGGCCGCUGGCACAAAGCCUGCUUCGUAUGCCGCUCCUGCCAGGAACCCUUCGUCACCGCCGACUUUUACGUCAUCAACAACGAGCCUUACUGCGAGCACCAUUACCACGAACAGAACGGUUCGCUGUGUCACGGUUGCAAUCGCGGAAUUGAAGGCCAGUAUCUCGAGACAACAAGCUCCACGCGCUACGGCACCACGGAUCGCAAAUAUCAUCCAAGGUGUUUCACGUGUAGUGACUGUCGCCAAGUGUUGGUGGACGACUACUUCGAGAUCCAGUCGAAAGUGUACUGUGAACGUCACGCGCUCUAUGCCAUGCGGUCGCAGCAUCGACAGCAAGGACCGCCCACGACGGGCACGGCAUUGGGUCCAUAUGGUCAGUCUGAUCGUCGACAGUUGAUGGCUGAACGACGUACGACCCGGCUCAUCAAUCCGAUGAUGGCGUAGAUCUUCCAGGAAAAACCUGCACACCGUCAACGACCACAUUCGCUCUACUUCCGACAUUAACAGCACUUUAUCUCACUCGUUCCUCGAGGGAGAGCCGGACUUCUUCGAACGAAUCUUCCAAUCUGCUGCAUUUGUGCGCUACAUUCCACCGUACGCCUCAUCGGCGUUGCAUCGCAUCGCAUCCAUCAUAUCUCUAGCCUUGGUCACGACCGGGCUGUGGAGGAUGAUUUCCUAUUUUCUCCGUUUUGGUGGCCUCAUUGUGUUUAAGAGAAGUUCUGCUUGUCGAUACCCAGUCUCGUUUUUGUUGUACAUUAUCGUCCUUCUCAGCCAUCAUUAGAGCGGGUGGAGGGUGGAGGAGUCGGGAGGAAACCAGGAGAAUGAGGACAGCAUUCGUGAGCGAAGCAAACUGUC